UGCAAACAGCCAGGGACCCGGGCGGGCCUCAGCCGAGAGUCUGUGGCUCCGUAUGGGACUCAACGCCACAGGGAUGGAGCCUGAGAUGAGCACCUCUGGCCCCUUCUAUCCCCCCUGCAGCAUGGAGGCCGGGGACCCUAUCAGCACGCAGGGGACGUAUGCUGCCCUGGGCCAGCCCAGCUGGGGCCCUGAGGGGAACCCAGCCCAGCAGGGCCAGCUGCCCAGGGCAGCAGGGGGCCCCUAUGGGCUCUGGCCCCAGAGGAUCGAGCCAGCCAACCGCAGGCUGGACCCCUUUGCCCAAGCCUUCCCCAACCCACCUUUCGGGAAGCCAUGGGUGCUGGGGACUCAGGCAUCCAGGAGCCAGGGCUUCAGCUUGCAGGAGAUAAUGGCCCAGCCGCCCCCUAUUGCCCCACAGGAGGGAUACCCCCCUGCCAGCCCCCUGCUGCUGCAACUCCCUGGAGGCCAGCUGGAGGGGUCAGGGCCUCCUCUGUCCUACUGCAGCCUCCCAGUGAGGCAGGGGCAGGGCGGAGGUGGGUACGGGCAGCAGCGCAAGGAGCCCCCGCUUCCGUGCCUAUACCAGGAGAACCAGCCUGCUAGCUACAGCCCCCCAGAGGGCUACCCGGGACCCGCUCCCCAGGGGCUCGCAGGCCCUGAGAUGUAUGCUGGGCUCCUGGGCCCCCCUGACUGGCCCCCUGACGCCGCCCCCAGCCUCUGCUGCUACCAGGACACUGAGUGCUACUGCAAGGGGCUGGAGUUUCGCCCUGCUGGUUUUGCCCCAUGGCCGGGGGUCUCCCCUCGGGAGCCAGAGUCAGAGGUCGCUGCUGCCAGGCUGGGGCAUGAGCAGAGCCCCCCAACGGCAGGCCACACUGCCACCCCCCAGGUUUCUGGGACCUCCUUGGCCUCCAGUUAUCGGGGCACUCCUUAUUGGAGCCGGAUGCACCGGGCCAGGGGCCCCCCGCACUACACACCACCCCCCAUGCUCAACCCGCUGCGCCGAGGCACGGGGCUGUUUGCUGAGCUGGGCGCCUCGCUGGGCGGUGGCAGCCCCGACCCCCUCCAGUGCCUGGACACCCCACAGAUAAAUGUGGGCCCCGCAUUCCAGCCGGCACUGCCAGUGCUGCGGGACCCACACCUUGCCCGACUGGACCCCCCGCAGGCCGAACUGGCCUGGAGGCCCUGGCCAGGGCUGGAGCAAGAUGCAGAGACCCAGCGCCAAGUGGAGACACUGCUGGACGUGGCUUGCUCCAGUGCCCUCCCUGGGGGUGGCACCAAUCAGGAGCUGGCGCUGCACUGCCUGUGCCAGGCUGGCGGGAAUGUCAUGGUUGCCUUGGAGACUCUGUUGCUGCGAACCCCAGUGUGGCCCAAAUGUCACCCUCUGGCCAGUUACCAUUACACAGGCAGUGACAUGUGGAGCACCCAUGAGCGACGCCUCUUCUCCAAAGCCUUUGCCCUGCAUAGGAAGGACUUUGCCCAGAUUCAACGUGCGGUGCCCUCCAAGCGACUGGCCCAGUGCGUGGAGUUCUAUUACCUGCACAAGAGCCGGCUGCGGCGCAGUCACAAACGAAGUGGUGCCGGGUCAGAGACGGGCGCCAUCGUGGGCAGGGCCGGCCCCGGGCAGCCCCCACCUACCCCGGAGCUGCCUCAAGACUCGCCCCCUGGCUCCAGCUUCCCCUGCAAACGUUGCGGCAAGACAUUCUACAAGAUCAAGAGCCGAAACGCCCACAUGAAGAUCCAUCGGCAGCAGGACGACUGGGGUGGGCAGGCGGGGAUACUGGGACCUGGUGCUCUCCCUGCCCCUCAUGCGGGGUGCCCCCCCUGGGCCAACACAGAGCCAGCCGAGCCUGUUGCUGAGGCCCUGGCCUGCCCUGGGCUGGGGCUGCUCUAUGGGAAGGACAUGGAGCAGCUCUUCAUGUGAUGGGGGGCAGAACCCCUCCCUUGGCCUGGCAUGGAGAACCCCACCCUCCAAGAGUUUGCCCCAUUGGGGGCCAAGGGGCUGUGGUCUCCUCAUGGGGAGCACAAGGUUACAGCAGCCCAGUGCCAUAAGGGCAGGACCUGCCCCUGGGAGAGACUCCACGCAGGCUCAGACUGGCCCCUGCACUGUCCUCUAUGCCUGGGCAGCUCUGACCCUGCCUGCUGGGCAUAACCGCAGGGGCAUGUGGGGCAGCGGGCCGAGGGGCAGAGAGACAGCCAGGAUAGUGGGGGAUGGGCACUUUAUUGAGGAUAUAACAUGCUUAUUGCUGUAACAGCCACCACGUUCAUGCAACAGCCACACACACAAAAUGGACACACAGGGCUCCCUGAAGCUGGGGAGGGAUCCCAGCCCAUUGCUGAGUGGGGUGGGUUUGGGGAGGAACAUAAUGUCACACUCACUCACAGCUCCACUGCCUUUAGGAGCCCUGCCCAGCAGGGCAGGACCAGAGCCGCCAUCCUCAGGCGCCAUGCAGCGGGGCUAGGGUCCCCUAGAUCUUUACACUGAGAUGCUGGGCAGGGGGAAGAGGUCCUGGGGGGGGUUUCAAAGGGAAUAAAUCCUGGAGCAGCUGCCUCUCUGGGGGCAGGGUCUGACUUCCAGGCAGUAGCAGCUCAGGAUGUUGGGCUGGGGGGGGCUCCCUCAGCAGGGAGCAGCAGCACUGGAGAUGCUGGGAUAGAGGCUGCUCCGCCAGUGGGGUGGGGGCUGAGGGCAGGGCCCCUGAACGUCACAAUAAAUAAAGCAGUCUGGGGCGUUCAGUCCCCAAGUCCAUUGCUCUGGCAGCCGCCCUGAUCCUGUCCUGGGUUCUGGGCCAGCUCCCCAAACGGGCCUCCCUGUACCGUGGCUCCAGGUGCCACUCACACCUCGAUGCUUGGGUCAGAGCCCAGGCCCUGCUUCUGCAGCAGCUCCUCCUGCUUCAUUUUGGGCUUCUCCGACCGCGUGUGCCAGACCAGAACCUGCAAUGGAGGAGUGCAGGACAGAGGUGGGGUCCAGAGAGAUCCCCCCAGACUGUGCCCCUCCCCCAACCAGCACCCCCAGCCAGUCACCACAGCUGGGGGACUGAAGACACCUGGGACCAUCCUGCUUAGAGGCAAAAUUUCACAUUCCCCACUCCCAGCCCGGAAUAGAACCCAGGAGUCCUGACCUCCUGCCCUAACCCACUCGACCUACUGCGCUCCCAACACCAUGGAUAGAACCCAGGAGUCUUGACCCCCUGCCCUAACCACUCGACCCACUGCACUCCCAACACCACGGAUAAAACCCAGGAGUCCUGGCUCCCAGCCCCGCUCCUCACCUUAGUGCAGUUGUCAGCUCGGGGCUCCAGCUCUUCGAUGGAGACCAGUGACUGCAGCAGGCUGCUCUCCAGGUAGCCACGCUCAGCCAGCAAGUCAAACCGGGCCUCGCGAUUGGCCAGCAGCAGCUGCAGAGCAAUAGCGAAGCCGGCCAUGUCCAUGGGGAAGGGCCGGUUGGGCUUCCAGGCUGUGUAGAAGCCCACCACCCUGCCCUUCUCCACCAGGGGGCGCUCGAAGCGCAGGCCACCCACCAGCCCCACAGGCCAAACUGAGACACGCUUGGUGGAGCGGAUCUGUGGGGAAGAGAGAGGGGUGUCAGCAGCAGAAAGAGACCCCCACGUGGGAGAGGCGAGACAAAUGCCUUCCUGCUCCCCCCAUCCCCUGCCUCCAGCGCCCAGCUAUCCUCCCGUUCCCCGUCAUCCCACCCCGCCUCCAGCGCCCUGCCCCCCCCCCUCCCCAUCACCCCACCCCCUGCCUCCAGCGCCCUGCUGUGACGAAGUGGGAAUUUUUUGUAAUAUUUUUAUGACACCUCUAAGUGUCUCCGUUUCCCCUAUACAGUGCAUUGUUACCCAGCGGUGGCUGGGGGGGAACGUCAGACUGUUUGCUCUCAGGGCAGGCUAGGAGACAGAGGUGAGGAUGUUGCUGUCUGGGUCUCAAUCCCCACACUAGUGGAACACCUCAAAAGACACCAGAUAAAUCCAAUUGUCUGGACAUUGCUCCCUAGCAAUCAACGACGCAGAAAUCUAUAGACUUCCACGCCUCUCAGCAGGAGGCGGGGGGGCUGAGCAAUGUUCCCCCAGUUUGAGAUCCAAGGACUGGAGAGAUGGGGGGGGGGCAAGAGUGGGUGGCUGGAGGCAGCCAGGGCUCUCACCUGGAGUCUGACAGAGGAGAUCAGAUGGAGGAUCAGUGAGAACUUGCACCAAGGAGCUCACUACAGCUCGGCUGGGCCCUGGGCUAACCAGAUUGGACUGUGCUUUAAUGUCUGUUCUCUGUGCUAACCUAAGGACUCCCUAUGGUGUGUUCCAGAGGACUAAUAAACCCAAGUGUUUUGACAACA